UCUGCUCUCAGUUGUGGCAACGAGAGAGAGAGUGAGAGGGAGAGAGAGAGAGAGAAGGAAAGAGUUGAGGAGGAGCUUGCAGAGAUAAGAUUCACUCCACGCGCUGUUGGCAUCAAAACUUGCAGUCUCUCCAUCCGUCCUCAUCUCUCCCCAGCGCACUUGUUUUUUGCGAACACACGCACACUGGCGUUUUAAUAUUUGUUCCCCCCGGUGGAAGGUGCACAGGUGCAUCCCACGGCCAUUGCGCGCUCUCUGCUCACUUGAUUAUGGUCACAACCCCCGCGGUGCCAAGGUGGAGUCACCGCGCGUAUCUCGGAUCGGUGCGCUUCUCCAGGGGCUGGGAUGCGCACCGGGCACCUCCCGCUUCUUGCCGAGUUUCGGCUCUACGCAGGAGUCAAGCGCUGCCCCGGGGCGCCGAGGCAGGAGGACCCAGUCGACCCGGAGCAGGAUGCCGGUGAUGAGAGGGCUGCUCGCCCCACAAAACACCUUCCUGGACACCAUCGCGACCCGCUUCGAUGGCACCCACAGCAACUUUGUUCUGGGGAACGCCCAGGUUCAGUCGCUCUACCCCAUCGUGUACUGCUCUGACGGUUUCUGCGAGCUCACCGGCUACGCCCGCGCCGAGCUCAUGCAGAAGAGCUGCGCUUGCCACUUCCUGUACGGCCCCGAAACGAGCGACAAGUCCACGGCCCAGAUCCAAGGAGCCCUGAUUGAGAGGAAGGAGUUCAAGACAGAGUUGGUUUUCUACAAGAAGGAAGGAACACAGUUCUGGUGUCUUCUCGACAUCGUACCCAUUAAGAAUGAAAAGGGGGAGGUGGUUCUGUUCCUCGUGUCGCACAAAGACAUCAGCGACAAGAAGAAGGACACGGAGCAAGGACCUGACACAGACGAGGAGACGGGUCUGGAGGUGCAUCAGGUUACUCGCCCUCCAGGCUUCAACGCCAACCGGCGCCGCAGCAGAGCGGUCCUCUAUCACCUGUCAGGACACCUGCAGAAACAAGACAAGGGCAAACUCAAGAUCAACAACGUGAGUCUCUCUGGAAACUCUCCUCCGAUCCCAGAGUACAAGGUAGCAGCCAUCCAGAAAUCUCGCUUCAUCUUGCUCCACUAUGGAACCUUCAAGGCCGGCUGGGAUUGGUUGAUUCUGCUGGCGACGUUCUACGUGGCCGUCACCGUGCCCUAUAACGUGUGUUUCACUGUGGUGGGGGGGCGGGACGAAGGGAGCAGCACCGCCCCACGGAGUCCGCCCAGCGUCAGCGACAUCCUCGUAGAGAUCCUGUUUAUUUUGGACAUUCUUCUGAACUUCCGAACUACUUUUGUGAGCACGUCGGGUCAGGUGGUGUACGACGCCCGCUCCAUCUGCGUCCACUACGUCACCACAUGGCUCUUUGUUGAUCUCAUCGCCGCCCUGCCCUUUGACCUGCUUUACGCUUUCAACGUCAGCGUGUACUUUGGAGUCCACCUGUUGAAGACGGUCCGGCUGCUCCGGUUGCUGCGGCUGCUGCAGAAGCUGGAGCGAUACUCCCAGUACAGCGCCGUGGUUCUCACUCUGCUGAUGUCCAUGUUCGCCCUGCUGGCCCAUUGGAUGGCCUGCGUCUGGUACUUCAUCGGGCGCAAGGAGAUCGAAAGCCCCGGCUCCUGGGAUAUUGGUUGGCUCCAUGAGCUGGCCAAGCGUCUUGGGUCCCCCUACGUCCUGUCGACGCUGGUCCCCGCCUCAGACAGCAGCGUCCCGGCCAACAGCAGUCAGUGGAACCUGUCGGAGGUCGGAGGGCAAGGCUCCUGGAACUCCAGCCAAUAUAACGGAAACACGUCCGGAGGAGGGGCCGUGGCGGAGACGACCCCCGGAGGCGGCAGUUUCGGGGUGCUGGGUGGCGGCCCGUCGAUGCGGAGCAGCUACGUGACGUCGCUUUACUUUGCUCUGAGCAGUCUCACCAGUGUGGGAUUUGGAAAUGUGUCCGCCAACACGGACUCAGAGAAGAUCUUUUCCAUCUGCACCAUGCUCAUAGGAGCUUUGAUGCACGCGGUGGUGUUCGGCAACGUGACGGCCAUCAUCCAGAGGAUGUACUCCCGCCGCUCGCUCUACCACACCCGCACCAAGGACCUGAAGGACUUCAUCAGGGUCCAUCGGCUUCCCAAGGCCCUGGAGCAGCGCAUGCUGGAGUGUUUCCAGACUACGUGGUCGGUCAACAACGGAAUAGACGUUAGUGAGCUACUGAAGGACUUCCCAGACGAGCUGAGGGCCGACAUCGCCAUGCACCUGAACAAGGAGCUGCUCCAGCUGCCGCUGUUUGAGUCGGCGAGCCGGGGCUGUCUGCGCUCUCUCUCCCUCAUCAUCAGGACCUCCUUCUGCGCCCCGGGCGAGUUCCUCAUCCGGCAGGGAGACGCCCUGCAGGCCAUCUACUUCGUCUGCUCGGGCUCCAUGGAGGUUCUGAAAGACAACACUGUGCUGGCCAUACUGGGCAAAGGAGAUCUGAUUGGCUCGGACUCGCUGACGAAGGAGCAGGUGAUCAAGACCAACGCCAACGUCAAGGCCCUGACCUACUGCGACCUGCAGUACAUCAGCCUUAAGGGGCUCCGCGAGGUCCUGCGCCUCUACCCCGAGUACGCCCAGAAGUUCAUCAGCGAGAUACAGCACGACCUCACGUACAAUCUGCGAGAGGGCCACGGGGCUGAUGUGGACUGGGAGAGUAACGGCGGCCUGGUGAAGAAGCUGCCGUCGAUCCGUGAGGAUGAGGAGGGCGACGAGGACCAGAACUCGGCGUCUCGUGCUGCUCGCUCGCCGCUGCGUCUCGGCAGGGGGCUCGGCUCGCCCCUGCGCUCCCCUCUCCUGCCCCCCAGGCCGUUCCGCGCUCCCUCCGACCACUCCCGCCCCACGACCCUGCAGAUACCGGUGGUCAGCUUCAGCAGCGUGCAGCCAGAACUCAGCCCCAGAUUCGUGGACGUUGAAACGGAGAGCAACUCCACCUUCCAGAAGUUGGAGUUCAGUCCCACAUGUCACCCUGCAGCACCGCCCUCUCCUUCCCAAGGGAUGCGGGAGCACUCUGAGAUCAAGCAGAGUGUGUCUAAACUCACUGAGGAGAUGAGCAGGCUCUCUAAACAAGUCACCAAUCUCAGCCACGACCUGCAGGAAAUGACACGCCUGCUUAAGCCCCUCCUCCAAGCAUCACCGCAGCCAAUCCUGAUGACCAUGAUUCCAAACUUCACCCCGCCCCGUAGCAGCGCCAGCCAGCAUUCGACGAGUGCCUGUCUCGUGCCGCCCCCCCCCGCCUCCCCCUGUACCCUCCAGAGACCUGGCACUCAUUCCCUGUUGGACAGUGGAGACGUGGACGGCGUGGGUUUGCCAGGAUGCCUUCUCCCAACUCCUCAUUCACCAAAAAGGCCUAAUUCUUCUUCUUCAGUAUCCCCACAGCUUCCAUCCAAACACGCAGGGGCCAACCCCCCUGGGGAAGGACUUUCUGAGGGUACCCCAGUCCUCCAAACCCACCACGCUUUCUCCAGUAACGGGAUCUAUUUGCCCUCUCUGCAGGACCAGCCUCCCCUGGCCUCUCACAUCCCUUCCCCCUCCCUCUCGUUCUCCAUGUCUCUCUGCUCCUCCUCCUCCCCCUCCCUCUCCCCCUCCCCGUCCCUUUCCCCCUGCCAAGGCCCCCACCUGUCCCGACCGGGCAGCUUUUCCAGCAGAAGCCUGCUCCCCCCGCCGCCCUCCCAGGACACCCCCCCUCCCCGGUCCUUCCACUGCUCCGCUCCCCCGUCGCUCACGUCCUCCCCCGGAGACCACGCACAAAGGCCUUCCGUCCCUCUUGUUUCCCCCGCCGUGUCCCUGCCGCUGUCUCUGGACUUUGUCAAUGCGAGGAAAAGGCCGGGAGAUACCCAGACUCCACUUUGGUGUAACUCACAGCUGCGCCGCGGGGAGGCAGGACCUGUCCCUCAUCCCCAGGAGCUGGAGAUGCAGGAGUGGGGACGACAGGUGGAGGACGGGAAGUCCUCCACAGAGCACAUCAGCUUCAUUGAUGAAGAGGAGCUAGCGUUAUGAACGGGUUAAGGGGAGACACUGCAGGUGAACAGGGGAAAUAUUUAAACUAACAGAUAUCAGUUAAUUACUUACAUUAGGACAAUAUUGUAUUUCAAGUUUUCUCAAAUUUUAUGUAUAAAUAUGCCAAAAAGGCAUUAUCAAUUGUUCAUUUUUGUUUAAUUUAGGAGAAAUUUACAAACAGGGUCCAAAAUUAACUUUUUGUCCACCAGCCAAAUGGCUAAUAAAUGUUCAAAUUUGACAAGCCACUCAAUAGAUUACCAUUGUUUUUAGGGCUGGUGAGAGAUGAUAAUCUACCACCCACCUGCAUAUUGUACCAGCAUUUUACUAGUAGAUGGUGCUAAUUUUUAACCCUGGUCACAAAUAGACUAAGUGUAGUAAAAUAAACACCUACAUGUGUGUUUUGGAUGUUUUUUGUAGUGUGAAAGAACACAUAUUGUAGAAGCAAAAUAGCCAUAAAACUCAAAAUGGAAAAAUAGUGUUUUUGCCUGUAGUGUCUCCCCUUAAUAAAACUGAGCGAAAGUGCAAAAUGACAAAAAGAGUAGCAGGGAACGAAAGAGGUGGAAAAGUAAGUAAGAUGGAAAGGGGGGAACAACUGAAAUCAGAUCAGGGAAAGUGACGGCUGGAUGUGGAAUGAGAACCAACGGGAAUCCGACCGCUGGUCCAUUUCACACGGAAAGGGAUCGGCCAGACAGAAACACGCCAGGGAGGCAGGGCCACGAUGCCGGCCGUCAGCCAAUCGGUGUGAAGGACAACGCUGAUCAACCACAGAACUACAACAGCACAAAUGUCUUACAGUAUCAACACUCCAGUAGCAUCAGUCGACCCCCGGGACAGGACCGGAUCUUUUUAACCAGUUCCAGUGAUCUCUGGAGCCGAUACCAGAUUACACAAUGUUGCUUUUUAGAUCCAGCAGGGUCUUAAAAAAAA